CAACUGAGUGGUUCGUUCGUUCAUUGUCAUGCAGUACCUUCUCCCGAUGACGUCACUGUGAGAACUUGAGUUGUUCUAGUGGGGAAUUUCAACCAGGGCGGCAGGGCCAGGAGGAGGCGACUCUGUGCGCAUUGAGUUGCAAGACAGCCUGGUGUGAUGCCUCGCAGAACAACAGUUACUUCUCUCACAUCAGCUCUAAACGGAUUUAACGCAGGAAGAGGAAAUCAUUUUUACUACAUAUUCUCCAUACAAGGAAGGAGCUCAUCUUGACGCGGGUGCUGAUGAAUGGACAGCCCCUAACAGUUGGGCCAUCUUUACAAACUUCACAAGUCACCACUCAGCCUGUCACACUGUGACAUUUCCAGCAGAAAAUAACCUGUGUAAAUACAGGAUCACUAACAUGGAAUUUCAAAAAGCAAACUCGCUUCAAGAUGAAGAUUUCUGGAUGUCCUGUUUCCAAAUCUCAGCAGUUCCUAAUUCAGCGAGAUAUAGAGAAAAUAAUCACCUUUUAAAAACUAUACUCUCUAAAAAAUUCAUUUGUGCCCCUCAGAAUCCUGCCCAGAAUUCAAGAGCUGACAUUCCAACCAACUUGAGUUUCCAACCCAAGCAAGGCCCUUACAACCAACCAACACAUCCAGUACAGACACAUCAUGGUAGUGCAUCAUCUGGCGUCCAAUAUCAAAGAGUCCAGGAACCAUUUUAUCAAAAUUUAAAUGCGUCACAAUCUAAAUCCUACCCUACAGCUACCUCACCGUCACGUGAACAGAUGUUUUGCAGUCGAACAUUUGUGUCUCCCACUGCGCACCAUCAACAGACUGGUAAUAUCCAGAAUUAUAGACGAAAUGUCACACAGCAAAGUUUCUCUCCUGUCCUCCCUUCUUACAAUGAGGUUCUGUCACAGCCUUACACUACACGAUCCGCGGCAAAUCGUCACAUUUUGUGUAAUUCAAGUGUGAGUCUGCAAAAUCAGCAAUACGUCUCUCAUCAACUCAACUCUGCUCCUCACCGUGGAGGAGAGGCCAACUACUCUGUCAAUUCAAACUCCUACACCCGCUGCUAUGUACCCAACAGUGUUCAGAAGGAAACUAACACGCAACACUUAAAAGAGACCGCAGGUGCUCCACAGAAGCGAUAUGACUACCAUGAUGAGAACGCGAUUGCAAGAAUCGAGAAUUAUCUGUAUGAAUCGUACCCUACAAGUUCACCCCCGACAGGGAGGCAGUAUCGCAGUGAGGACAAAAUGAUGUCUAAACAAAUGGUGCAACCUACGACAUUAAAUUUUGCUGGACGUAGUAACUCAAAUCCCACAACACCUGUACAGUAUGUGCAUAUGUCAACAGCACAGCACAUGAAAAACACGGUUCCUCAGAAACGCGCUGUACCACGUGUCACACAAACGGGUCAAAAUGGAGCUCAAAAUCACAUCAUCUCAAAGGCAGAUUUUGGAAGCGAUGCAUCUCAGUCGAUGCAGCUGCAUCCACAUAGAGCUGUGACUUUAUCAACUGGAGUGAACAAUCAAAAUGACGGCUCCACUCAUUCAUCUCCUGGCUGUGUGAGCAUGCGAGCUGUUGCUGUUGUUCAGCCACUGUCACAGGAAAGCCCCCAGGUUGGCAAUAACUUGCAACUGGAUGAGAGCACGGCAACUGAUAAGUCAUUGAUUCACGGUGAAAACGUGAUUUCACCAGCUGUCGCAAAAAAAGCUGAAUAUUUCAAUGGAUACAAUAGACACCUGCAAAGCUCAAAUCAAAAGUUGCCAGAUAUUCAGCAUUCAGCAGCAUCCAAUGAUGGGUCUGUUGUGUCAGACUCAGCUGGGCCUCAAGAGAUGUCACAGGAACAAGUGGCUGGAGAGCAGUGUAAUCCAUCAGUGCCUCAAAUGUCGAUAACCUCUGAGGUGCCACAAACACAAAAUUGGGAGAAAAACAAAGGUGAGACGUCAACAGAUCCAAAGGCCUGUGUUACUGACCUGUCCUCAGUCCAAACAACCCCGUGGACAGCUGCUAAAUUAGCCAACUUAAUACAGGAGCUUGGAAAAGCCCAGGUGGAGUUACAAGACUCAAAUGUCACAUCUCUGAGAGAUAAACUAAAGGCUCUCUUUUGGAAACGAGGGAAUCAAUUCUAUCACAUUAUAUCAAGCGUGAUUAACUUGACUUAUGUUGAAAAUUUCUGCAAGAAACAUCUAACAUCAGACACGGUCAUACUGUCACAGCUUAAAGAAAACUCUUUAAAGCAACUCCAAAAUUACUAUGUCCUCGAAGAUGGUGAAGUUUAUUCUGAACCACCUUAUAUAUCAUCAUGGUUGAAUGUCAAUGAGCAGCUAGAUGACAUUGAUAAAGAGUUUGGCUUCUCGUCGUCUUUAUAUGAUCGUCUGCACACAUGUAGCCAGUCAGAUAAGGUUGGAGAAGACUCGUUUGAGAUGCCCAACAAAGACCUUUUCCAAACAGAGCUGGUACCUGCUGAUUCAGGUGAAGAAAAUCCAGAUUCCAUUGUGAAAAGUACUUCGACCUGUCUCGAUGAGAAAGGCAGCACUGAUUCCAGUGACUCAUAUUACUCAUUUGAAAUUAAAGUUUUGCCCCCAGAGGAGGCCAAAAGUAUAUUUGAGCAACUACAUAAAGCAAGUGCACAAAGUAUGGACAUAGACAGUCAGCCAGAGAGAGUCACAGAAAGCUCUAUGGAGGAUCGGCUACCUAACAAUGAAGAAGUCACUGGGAGUGAAUUAGAUCACGGAAACAAGGACGUCUCCUCAAUAGAAACAUUUUGCUGCCUUGAAUGGUGGAUGGAAACAAUUAUUGGGUCAGAAAGUCCUGUGAAAUGCAACUGCAAGAAAAAGCUAAGCGGUAAAGCUUGUACUGAAAAGAACCCUAAUAAAGAAGAGAUGAUGGUUCAAGAUGACUCGAACCUGUGUGUGAUCAAGUUGGACAGAAAAGGAGAAGCACAGGAAAAGGCAGAGGAGAACGGCUGCAAUCAAAACACGACAUCGCGUUGUUCUGCUUUAUCCGACGAUCUCUGUAGUCGCUUAACUGGAGAUGGUGAGAAACCUCAGUCUAAGCCUGAAAAAGGCAUCGAUGACGGCUGGUCAAGCAUUGGAGAUGAAGACCUCUCCAGCAGUCAAAGUGAAAUUCCCAGUUACAAUCCUCACUCUGCCAGUGUGGUUUCAGUUCCUGAGGAAGCAUGUGUACAAGAACUCUGUGAAUCAGCAGGUGUUGGUCUGGCAAGAAAUUCAGACUGUUGCAACCAAGAAUUCAAAAAGGUCUUCAGUGAACAAGUGGCAGUUAGAAAAAAAAGAAAGAAAAAACACAGUCAUAAAUUUUUUUAUCCAUUCCCAAAGAAACCAAAGACACACAGAGAUUCCGAGCCUGUCCUCAGACACGUUGAAUGUAAGAAGGUUUCUGCUGAUGCUACCGAUGAACCUUCAGACUCAAAUGUCAAAAAUGCUGAGCUGAUGCUGUUUGGCUCAAAACGUCAAUUGGAAAUCAUUUCAUUUGGCGGCGGAACGAGUAAUGUUUCGCCUCCCAAAACGCUCAGUGUGAAUCUCAGCAAACCCUCGAGGCACAAGUCCAGUGUUGCUACACCUGAAUAUUCAGCAAAACAAAUGGUUCAUGAUACAUGGAGGAGAAGUUAUCUACCAAUUACAAUGAGACUCAAUGGGAAACUGAAAUUAAUGACGCCUGCUUCUUAUCCUCAAUCCGAGGUGAUUUGCAACACCAAGGAGCCCUCUAAAAGAAAAACCAAGCACCGCCCAAGACUAAAGAAGAGGCAACGUCUCGCUAAGAAAGUCAAGCUUGUGGAGGAGGAUGUGGUUCCACUCAAACAACCUGAUCAACAGAGAAGUGGUGAUGACAAUCGAAGCAAUUGCAGUGUGUCACCCCGACUCGUUCAACGGAUGAAUCCAACACUAUAGGAGAAAGGACGCCACAAUUAACACAUCAGGACCAUGGCAUGUGCAUCCCGAGACCCUCGUCAUGUUUUAAAAAAAGGGACGUGGAGAAGUACAGACACAGCAAGUGGUCAGUGUGUAUCAGUGUGUUUCAACGUGUUGACCUGUAGCUGUACGAUAAACACAGCAUCCAGCCACUCUAUGUGAUAUAGAUUUUUCUAUGUGAGUUAUUGGAUCAUUGACAGCCUAAGUACAUAGACAAGACGACUUUAUUGUUUUGUCUACGAUGACACUCUUCAGGUUGUUUCACCGUUAAUCCAUGAAGACACAAUCAUCCACCAAUAUAUAACGUGCAAACAGUGUUCAACUAAUUUAGUUUGUGCACACCUUUGUUUUAAGUCACUCCUGUAUGACAUGGCAUUUUCUCUUUGCACUUUCAUUUAUUGACAUUUACGCAAAGGGAACAUUUUCUACGAAUGAGCCUGUUACCUAUUUAUUUUUAUAUAAUACUUAGUCUUUUAUAUGUUUUUUUUUUUAAAUA